GGGAGGAGGGGAGGGUGGUCUCAAUCUCUGCUAAGAGGCUACUUUAGUCCCCCAACAUAAGCACAUUCACAGAUGUCUCCGCACGCGUAGAGCCGUGUCACCCGUCACGACAGAGCAGCCUGCUUCUGUGUGAACCAACGAGGCGCGGACAGGGAGAAACAGAGAGGGACAGAGAGAUACGAGAAGAGGUAGUGAGGAUAAGGGAGGGAGGCUGAGCUGAGAGAGAGAAGAGGUGAAGAGCCACGGAGCAAAAAACACAUACAUCGCUGCCACUCUGACGUCUCCCCCUUCAUGCGCCUGUUUCGGCUUGUGAGAGCGCAAGAAGAGGAGAGAGAGGGAGGAAAAUAAAUCCUGGGAGCUUGUGUCCUCUCUUUGCUUUUUUCCCCCCCCAUCUCCAUCAUCCAAGGCAUGAAGGCGGGUGUCAGCUGGCACGGCAGAAUAAAAGAAAGGGAUGCUUUGACUGCUGCCUCUCUUUCGACAAGGGACAAGGAAGAGGAAGGGGGGGACAACACACAGCAGGGACAAAAACAGGAUUUCUAGAAUGAAUGGGAGUCCUUCUGCCGCAUGCGCUGGGAAUAGCAGUCUGACACUGAAGUCUCUGAAUGAGGGGCCAGCCCUGAGGACGUGAAACUGUUGGGAGAGUUUGGAUGUCACCAGUGACACAGCUUCCCACUGCGUUUGACCACCUUGAACUGCACACAUCUCUGCUGUCCAAGCGGCACCAAUUAAGGCAGGCUUGAGACGAAGAGUUGUGGCAGUAUCAGACGACACAAGGAGGAAAGGAAUACGCUGGAGGAGGGGCCUGUGCUUGCUGCAGACGGGCAGAGGACUGCUUGUCUGGACUCAGCGUUGCCCGUCUGCGUGAGUAGACACGGCCGAGGAAGAGGACAUGGUCGGUUGAGGUGUCAUGGAGGACGUCACCACUACGUAGCUUGUUCGGUAUGCAGUGUGGCCUUCCCAGCUACGCAUCACCAGUGGUGCCAUGAUCCAGUUAUAACUGUGGGUAAUGCCGAGCCAAAUAACCAAUCCUGGAGAUGCCGAAGAGAAGAGAUAUUCUUGCCAUCGUGUUGAUUGUGUUACCCUGGACUCUGCUCAUCACUGUUUGGCACCAAAGCGCUAUAGCUCCACUCCUCGCCAUCCGCAAGGCCUGUCACCACCUAGUAAAAGAGAUCUUUAUCAUUCCAGAGAGGCUUGCAGUCCGCCACCACCGGCUCUCAGAUGAUGGUGUCGAGGGCAAGAGGGAGGCAGGUGGCCAGGCGCAGGACUCCAAGGAAUACUGUGCCUCAGAUAAGGACAUUGUGGAGGUGGUGAGGACAGAGUAUGUGUAUACGCGGCCUCCGCCCUGGUCCGAUGUGUUGCCCACCAUCCACAUUAUCACCCCUACAUAUAGUCGACCGGUGCAGAAGGCGGAGCUGACACGGCUGGCAAACACCUUCCUCCAUGUUCCCAACCUGCACUGGAUCCUGGUAGAGGACUCCCAGAGGAGAACGCCUCUAGUCACGCGGCUCCUCAGAGAAACAGGGCUUAACUAUACCCACCUCAAUGUGGAGACGCCCAGGAACUAUAAGCUGCGGGGGGACACUCGGGACCCCAGAAUCCCUAGGGGGACCAUGCAGAGGAACCUGGCCCUGCGGUGGCUGAGGGAGACCUUCAACGCCAACAGCAGCCAAGCUGGGAUCGUCUACUUUGCGGACGACGACAACACGUACAGCCUGGAGUUGUUUGAGGAGAUGAGAUCGACACGGAAAGUUUCAGUGUGGCCUGUGGCCUUUGUGGGCGGAUUGCGGUACGAAUCCCCCAAGGUCAAUGCAGCUGGAAAGGUCUAUGGAUGGAAGACAGUGUUCGACCCCCAUCGACCCUUUGCCAUCGACAUGGCUGGCUUUGCCAUCAACCUGAGGCUCAUCCUCUUCAAGCCGCAGGCAUAUUUUAAGCUUCGCGGGGUGAAGGGAGGCUACCAGGAGAGUAGUUUGCUCCGGGAACUUGUCACACUCAACGACCUGGAGCCUAAAGCAGCCAAUUGCACUAAGAUACUCGUUUGGCACACAAGAACGGAGAAACCUGUCCUUGUAAACGAGGGGAAAAAAGGAUUCACAGACCCCAAUGUGGAGAUUUGACCUCAGACCAUGCAGGUGUUUGGCCUUGGACCUGCGGAGGAAGAAAACGGCUGAGUCUCUUGAUAAGUGCAACCAGCGUUCAUGUCUUAAUCAUCAGAAAAAAAAAAGGAAAAAAAGGAAAUGGGGGCCUUUGAAGGGGGAUUUAAUCCUCUUGACUGAAUCUGACAUUUUUAAAAUAUGGACUAAAACAGUACAAAUGUACCAUAUUAAAGCACAGAUUAGUAAGAGGCUGCAGUUAUUUGUCAGGUCUACGACUGACGUGCAGAGGAGACGAAAUAAAGGACGCCUCACAGUGUGGAUUGACAUGUCCUGCACCUUUACGGUACGAUGCCCCGCUGAGGACAACCCAACAAAAGAGACAGCACAAUAUGACAAGCAUACAGCCAGCGGAGUCAACCAAACAAGCAGGUUAAAGAAUAUCCUUCACCUCAAAAAAGAAAAAAAAAAUAGAAAUGUUUUAAAAGUGGAUCUGCACAUGGUACACGAGGGAAAUUCCUCUUGGAUUUAAGGACAUCAUCAGCCUGGAUAAAACCACGACUCCAAGGGACAAAUAUGUCUUGUGUGGAUUUUCCUUUGAGCAAACACAAACAUAGCAAAGGAAGGAAUGUUCUUUUGAUAACUAUGAAAAUGUUUGCUUUAAUUUAAUUUAAUCUGUUUGGGUGUUUCACAAGCACUUGACUUGUUAGUUCAAUACUACUGACUCUUACCUGCAUUUACUCUUGGGUUAUCAUUGUUCAUUUUAUGGUGUCAUUAUAACUCAUGCAUUUAAGCCAUCCCCCCCAUACACUUGAAGAGAGACUGCUGUUUGAAACAUACCCCUUGUUGUGCUUGGGAGCUGAUUAUGUAAACAUAAAAAAACCUUACACUUCUUAGCACUUCAAAAAUACACAAGUGAUGUUCCUUUCUGGCAACAUGUGUAAAUAGUAACUCAACAUGAGAACAAUCAGAGGAUUGAUGACAAAUUUUGGCUAAAGCAUUGUAAUUACUGUAUUUAUAUGUAAAAAAAGAAAAAGUCUCUUCCCCCCUGGUGAAUUCCUCACGACACAUGACAAGGCACAGGUUCACUCUAGGUUCAACACAUGGAAAGAGUAAUAGCACAUCACCAAUUUCAUUUGGUAACAGAAACCCCAGUUUGUGACACAUUCACGACGCCUAGACAAGAACUUCACAUCAGCCACACAGCAGACUCACAAAGUCCGACCUAAUUGCCAUGUAAGCUUUCAUUUAAAGUGUCGUUUUUGACAUUGUGGCGGAGGGGGUGCGUGUCAUUUUAGAGAGCUAAUAUCGCCCCUUGUCUGUGCACGCUCACAUGUCCACGAGCCACCCGUUAACAAGGUCCGCUCGCUAUGUGCGAGCUCAAAAAAAAAAUAGCAGGAUGAAACAGCAUCAAAGCCAGAGAAUUUGGUUUUCACUAGGCUUGUCAGUCCUUCUCCUCUUUAAAAAAAAAAAAAAAAAAACACUUUGAAGGAGACAGAAUUCCCCAAAGUACAAAUUUAGAUGCUCAGGCUACAUCUGCUGGCUUUUAAUACAGCUCACCUUCGAACAGCUGGUUAUGAAGGAUAGAUUAACAUAAUUUAUGCAUGGCCCCAAAUAUUUAGUUUUUAUGAAGAAAAAAAAAAUGGCUUUCAUGUAUGAAAUGAGAUAACAGAAGCUACUCAAUUGACAGCAAGCUACAGAAAAGCACAACAAAAAUAUUAUUUUUGCUAAUGAUUUGGUAGCAACACGCCACAUCUUCAGUACUGUGGAAUGAUGUCAUGGUUUUCUUUAGUAUUAAUACCUAUCUGUUGUACAUUAACUGGAUCACAGAGGGGGAGUCACCACAGCUCUAACGAUAUACAUCAGCAGCGAUGAUGCUGUACGGCUGAACACUGUAACAAAGUUAUUCUACACCUCGUAUAAUAGAAUCUCGCCUCUACUUGAUAAAUCAUCCGUCUAGUGCAAUACACAGUGGUGGCUCUUAUCUAACAUUGCCCGGCAGAAGUAGCUGGAGAUAAUUCAAACACUGAGCCUCUGUACUGUUGCCAGAUUAUCUCUGUGCACCCUCCCUCCUUUAACACACACAGCCCAAAAUACACUGCUGCAGUAUGAAAACUUACAAAGACGUUACAGCCUCUCGGGCUCAUCAGCCGGGGAAACCGUGUUAUUACAUAUUUCACUUGGAAUAUGAUAAGAUUUUCAGACAAUGGCUGUAUUGUAUCUCUCAUCAGACUGGCUGUUUUCAUUGACUGCAUGAUAUUACACUGCACAGGGAUUGGCCAUGGAGAUCACAGACUGUCUUUGGAUUUGUUCUACUCUUCAACUUGCCUCCCAUUAUUUAUUAAAAAAAAAAAAGUCAAAUUUAAUAUAUUUAUUUAUGUAUUUAUUUCAA